AGAUAAGGCACAAAUUAUGCCCUUAUUAUCAUACAAGUGCAAAAUCAAGAACAAUCUAGAUAUAUCACAUCAUCAACUUGUAAUUCUUUGAAAUUUUCACCUUUUUUUUUUCUUUUUUAGCUAACAUAAUGCCUCUAUAUAUAGCUUCAUGUUAGGUUCAACUUUCUCAACAACAAUUCAAGAUUCAAAUUCACUUAAAAAAAACUUCACUAUUUCUUCUAGCUUUCAUAAUUUCUUUAAUUCCUCUUUACUAAAAGUUACAAAUCUUGACAUACAUUUGGCCAAACUAUACUCAUUAUUUCAUUAAGUUGUUUAAUAAUGAAUUGGGUGAUGAAGUUGGGAGCAUCAAGUGGGGUGGUGAUUUUCACCAAGAGUAGUUGUUGCAUUUCUCACAGCAUUGAAACCCUAAUUCUUAAUUUUGGAGCAAACCCUAUAAUUUACGAGCUCAAUACACAUCCAAAUGGGAAGCAAAUGGAGAAGGCAUUGAUUGAAUUAGGGUGUCAACCAAGUGUGCCUGCAAUAUUUAUAGGGAAAGAGUUAAUUGGUGGCGCUAAUGAGAUAAUGAGCCUUAAUGUGAGGGGAAAACUUAAACAAUUGCUCAUUAGGGCUAAUGCAAUUUGGGUAUAGAAAUUAUAAUAUAAUGACUAUAGGUUAUAGCUAUGUAACAUAGAAAAUUAUCACUUAUAGAGAAUUUUUUUGUUUUCUAGCUCUCAUAUAAUUCUUCUUGAGGUAUAAAUAAAAAGUUACACUAUGGUCAUAUACGUAGGUCAUGGAUAGUCUUUUCUUUUUCGCAAUCUAGUGGCAUAUCUUUAUGUAUUGGAUUUUAUUCUAAAGUAUCACUACUUUGUGUGGCUA